UUUGUGUCUUUUUUUAGUCAAUUUGUGUCUUUUUGGUAAUUUUGUUUCUUUUUUGGGUAAUUUUGUGUCUUUUUUUGGUAAUUUUGUGUCUCUUUUGGUCAUUUUCAUCAUUUUGUGGUCAAUUUGUGUCUUUUUUGGUCAUUUUGUUUCCUUUUUUUGGUCAUUUUGUUUCUUUUUUUGAUCAUUUUGUGGUCAGUUUGUGUCUUUUUUGGUCAUUUUGUUUCCUUUUUGGUCAUUUUGUGUCUUUUUUUGAUCAUUUUGUGGUCAAUUUGUGUCUUUUGUGGUCAAUUUGUGUCUUUUUUGGUCAUUUUGGUUCUUUUUUGGGUGAUCUGAACUGUGCGUGUGAGAUUCUGUUCAAUGAGCGGGGGUCGCGGACUACAUGCAUGUUAAAUUGGGGGGUCGCGACUCAAAAAGGUUGAGAACUACUGCUUUAAAUGAUAAACCCCGUGUAGCUAUGUGUCCUCAAUUUGCAUAUUGAUUUAUCUGAUAAAGUCAAACCACCCAAAAGAUGGAAGACAAGCUGAAUGGAUUCCCUGUUGUGUCCCCGGAGUACCUCCAGCAGUGGGUUCAGUCUGCUCAGCAGUUUCAGGCUCUCCAGGCUCAAUAUUCAGGCUUCAACCACAACCAGCCGUCCCACUACCCGGAGGGGCCGUCAGGAGAGGCAGCCAUGGCUCACAUGGCGUACCCGGAGCCCCCCAUGGAGCCGCAGGAGCCCGCCGACCUGGUGAAACCUCCGGCCAAAAAGCGAGGCAGAGCAGCUCAACCCAAGGAACCCAAACCACCAAAACCACCAAAAGUCCCCAAGGCACCAAAACCACCGAAGCCCCCGAAGGACCCGAACGCCCCUAAAGCCAAACCGGGUCCCAAACCCAAGAAGAAGGCUGCAGAGGCUCCGGGAGACGGCAAGCAGGAGAAGAUCGACGAGAGCUUCAAGAAGGUGAAGAGGAAAGUGGAUCGAUUCAAAGGGAUGUCAGAGGAGGAGGUGAUGAAGAAAACCCUGCCAGACCUGCUGGAGUACAACCUGGACUACGUCAUUAUUGGGAUCAAUCCAGGACUGAUGGCAGCUUUCAUUGGACGCUGGUUUCCAGGUCCUGGGAAUCACUUCUGGAAGUGCCUGUUUCUGUCUGGAUUCACUGAGGAGCAGCUGAACCACAUGCACGACACCUCGCUGCCCGGCAAGUACAAGAUGGGCUUCACCAACAUGGUGGCCAGAGCCACGCCCGGCAGCAAGGACCUCUCAACUAAAGAGCUGCGUGAAGGAGGAGCCAUUCUGGUGGAGAAGCUGAAGAAGUUCAAGCCUCUUAUUGCCGUUUUUAAUGGAAAAUGCAUCUAUGAAAUGUUCUGCAGGGAGAUAUUUGGUAAAAAACCAAAGACUCUUCAGUUUGGUUUGCAGCCGCACAAGAUCCCCGACUGUGAAGUGGCUCUGUAUCUGAUGCCUUCCUCCAGCGCUCGCUGCGCUCAGUUCCCUCGCGCUCAGGACAAAGUCCACUUCUACAUCAAGCUGAGGGAGCUGAGAGACGAGCUGAAGGGUCUCCAGAAGAGCAAAGAGAUCGAGGAGAUCCAGUACACGUUUGACCUCAAACUGGCUAAAGAGGACGCUAAGAGGAUGGCCAUAAAGGAGGAGACGUACGAUCCGGGCUAUGAAGACGCCUACGGAGGAGCGUACGCAGAGAGAGGAGCUGAAGGAGGAGCGGAGCAGAGCCAGACCAACGGACACUGUACAUUCUCUACUGCAGAAAACACAGAAGGAGCUCAGGAGGCGACCACGUCACAGAUCCCAGAGGGCCAGCUCCCCGACGGACAGUGGAUGACUCAGUCCUUCGCCGAUCAGAUCCCCGACAUCAGCGGAGGACCGAAGGACGGCAGCGUAUAGAGACUGCCGUCACCUUUUAGAUCUUUUACUAGUGUCCCAGUGGAAUAUACACACAUAGAUGGACUUUUUUAGAGAUUUUGCAGAAUGUUCUUUCUGCAGUUUUUAUCGUUUGUGGUCUUGUUAUUCAUGUCUGAUCCUCUCCACGGCGGUCUUUUUAAAUAUGUGAAAUCAGGGACUUGACAAUGAUGCCGGCUGUCCUGGAGAGUGAUGAACAUAAUGAACCUUUUGUUUUGCCUUCGUACUGUACUGUACUGCACUGUGAUGCAGUAAGUCCUCA